AAAAAACUUUUUUUGUAUCGAAGGAAUCAACAGCCGCCAUCUUGUCUCGGCUCGGAAUCAGGAUUUCUGUAGAGCAUUAUUUUGUAUUUUUGGACGCGGCGCAUCCAGAACGCGCUCUGACGACACCGUGCAGCGGACGAUGACGCCUUUAUAUCGCCGCGAAGGAAUUUUUGGCGAGAAGUCCUGGAUUUGAUCGGCGUUCGUCGGCCACAAACCCCUCGUCUAUCUGAUUUCCCCUUCAAGAGCGGCGCUUGCGUCUGUGUUUCACUCCGAGCUGUUAUUGUUUACCGGACGCUUUUGGAGGACAGACAGCCCCGAGGACACUAUUUUGCAAAAAUAUCUCAUUUUCAUGCAACCGUGCAUUUUUACACGCAGCCAAACAGUUUUUGCAAGGAAAGAAAUCGACGUCAGAAAAUGGAUCGCGUGCCGUUGCAAAAUUAACGACACUUGCGCGCGAGGAUUCCUGUGGAUAUCUAAUGUGGGAUUUAAUGUUGAAUUCGCGGAAAGGAGGCGUUUUCUCUGGGUAAUAUAACGAUGGUAAUGUGGGUGUUGGGUGUUGGAUUAUCAUGGGGUGAGUGGUGGUGGCGACGUGGGGCGCUGUUGCUGCUUUUUUGAGAAGAUCCUCCGCCGAGCCGCUCCACACUCCCCAAAAGUAAGCCAACAUCUGUUUUUCUGACGAAAGGAUUCUUCACUUUGAAUUUCUCCCCACGAAAUUCAACCAGAAGCUCUUUUUUAACCGCAAUGGCUGAGAAUGUGCUCGAAAGCGGCCCUCCGAGCGCGAAGCGAGCGAAGCUGACGGCACCUGCUCCGGACGCCUCAGAGUUGGGUUCACUUUCCUGGGAUGACCUGGAGAACGAUCUUCCAGAUGAGCUGAUUCCUAAUGGAGACCUGGGGCUGAUGUCCAUGUCCUCUAACGGCGGGGCUGCAGGUACGGGCGGUCACGGCCCCAUGGUCCCUGACACUGCUGCCAAGCACAAGCAGCUCUCUGAGCUGCUACGGCCUGGAAGCAGUGCUGGCAUCGGACCUCAGCUGGGUGGGCUUAGAAAGAUUCCCCUGGGCCAGGGCUCCCCUUCUCACCCCUCUCAAACACAGAAACCAGGCGGCACUCCCGGGGCGCAGUGCAAUAAUGCCAGCUCGGCUGGCUUGGGACUCGGCACGGGAUUUACCCAGGCCAUGCUGAACAGUGGCAUGAUGGGACAGAACGCAGGCGGACAACCAGGUCAGGUGAUCAAUGGGACUCUGGGCUCUGUAGGCCGCGGUCGAGGAGCACCGGGGAUGCAGUACCAGGGUGGCGUCAUGCAGGUGGCACCUUCUGUAGGGGCGGGAGGAGCAGGGGGGGCGGCGGUACCAGGAGGAGCGGGGAGUGUCCUGGCAGAGACACUCACACAGGGGGCACAGCAGAUGGGCAUCAACACCCAGCAAGCCGGAAAUAUCAACAAGAUGGGCAUGGCUGGUGGCAGCAGUCCGUUCGGUCAGUACCAGGGUGGAGGGCAACAGAUGGGCUCGGCUGGUGUGAACGCUCAGAAUAAAGGUGCCCUUCCUAAAAGCCUGCCCCAGUUUCCAACUGACCUAAAGGGAGCGACGGUCACCAGUGUGUCAAACAUGCCCCAGCAGCAGCAGGUGUCGGUGGGGAUGGUGGCAGGUCAGGGUGUGUCCGUGGGCCCCACGGCCGACCCGGAGAAGCGAAAGCUGAUCCAGCAGCAGCUGGUUCUGCUGCUCCAUGCUCACAAGUGCCAGCGGCGCGAGCAGGCCAACGGCGAGGUGCGGGCCUGUGCGCUGCCCCACUGCAGGACCAUGAAGAACGUCCUUAACCACAUGACACACUGCCAGGCCGGCAAAUCCUGCCAAGUGGCUCACUGUGCUUCAUCGAGGCAGAUCAUCUCGCACUGGAAGAACUGCACGAGGCACGACUGCCCCGUCUGCCUCCCGCUGAAGAACGCCAGUGACAAACGCAACCAGCAACCAAUGCUGAGUCCCCCCAGCACUGGUCUGCAGAGCUCUGUCGGGACGGUCGGCACGGGGCAGCAGACGGCUCCUGCUCUGCCCAGCUCAACACCCAUCGACCCCAGCUCCAUGCAGCGGGCGUACGCUGCCCUCGGCCUCCCCUACAGCAGCCAGACCCCCACACAGAUGCAGAGCCCCGGGCAGACGCCGCCACAAAUGAGAUCCAUCAGCACACUCGGGGGAGGUCAGAUGAACUCAAUCAGCGUACCGACAUCAGAUCAGUCUAAGCUGCUCCCUGAUGGCACUGUUCCAUCAACACUUAACCCUAACAAUCAGUUGAUGCUGGACGGCCCUACGGUAGGCAGCAUGGGUAACCUGCCCACAGCAGCCCCUCUGUCAGCCACCGGAGUGAGGAAGGCCUGGCACGAGCACGUCACGCAGGACCUCCGCAACCACCUUGUGCACAAACUGGUUCAGGCCAUCUUCCCUACGCCAGACCCCGCCGCCCUGAAGGACCGCCGCAUGGAGAACCUGGUGGCAUAUGCACGGAAAGUGGAAGGGGAUAUGUACGAGUCGGCCAAUAGUAGGGAUGAGUACUAUCACUUUCUGGCGGAGAAGAUCUAUAAGAUCCAGAAGGAGCUGGAGGAGAAGAGAAGAUCCCGGUUACAAAAGCAGAUUAUCAACCAGACGCCCAUGACUGCUGCGGGACAACAGCCACCGGCCCUCAACCAGCCUAACGUCAUGGGACCUCGGCCACAGAAUGGAUCCGUGCCUUUGCCCAAUGUGCCAAAUCAGAUCAUCAAUCGCAUGCAGGCGUCUCAAGGGUUGAAUCCAUUCGGCGCAAUGCCCAAUGUGCCGAUGUCUCAGGCUCCCAUGGGAACACGUGCCGCUUCUCCGAUAAACCAUCAACAGAUCAAUAUGAACCAAGUCCCGACGAUGAAUAUGUCUCCCACACGAAUGCCCCCCACACAAAGCAUGCUGGGAGCUCACGGCGGGAACACGGUGGCACAGACGGCCAACCAGACACAGUUCACGGCUCAACCUCAGUUCCCCGCCAACACCAACGCUAUGAAUGUCAACAUGGGCCAGCCCAACACGCAGGCGGCCGUUUCACAGCAGCAGCCGAAAGCUAACCUCUCCCUGAAUGCACUUGGCCCCUUGGGCCCUCCACUAAGCUGCCCCACGCCCCCUCAGGCUCCACUCCGCGCCACGCCGCCCCCCAACGCCACCACCAGCACCACUAACCUGCCAGCAGCACUGCAGCCCAGUCAGGCCUCCACACCCACCCCCGCCCCUGCUCAGGGCACCCCGCCUCACGAGCUGACCCUCCCUGCCCAGCAGCACCCUGGGACACCGAGCGGUGAAAAGCGUGUGCCCACUCCAGCGUCGGCAGCCAGCGCCGAGCUGCACUCCCAGCAUGCCGUGUCCGAUGUACCGCCCAGCAACACUAAAACAGAAGAGCAAGAAUACGACACGUGCAUCAAAACAGAGCCCAAGAUGGAGACGGAGGACGACACGGGCUCCCUAUUGGUCAAAAAAGAGGAGCCGGAGGGGUCGGAGGCUAAGCAGGAGCCAAUGGAGACCGAGGACAAAAAGACAGACUUGAAGACAGAGACUAAAGAAGAAGAUGAAAGCAAGACGAACGGCACAGCGUCCUCUUCACCGUCUCAGUCUCGCAGGAAAAUCUUUAAGCCAGAAGAGUUGCGGCAGGCAUUGAUGCCCACCCUGGAGUCUCUGUACAGGCAAGAUCCAGAGUCUCUGCCCUUCCGGCAGCCGGUGGACCCCAUGCUUCUUGGCAUCCCUGACUACUUUGAUAUCGUGAAGAACCCCAUAGACCUGUCGACGAUCAAGCGCAAGCUGGACACGGGUCAGUAUCAGGAGCCGUGGCAGUAUGUAGAUGACGUGUGGCUGAUGUUCAACAACGCCUGGUUGUACAACAGGAAGACGUCGCGCGUGUACAAGUACUGCUCCAAACUGGCCGAGGUGUUCGAGCUGGAGAUCGACCCCGUCAUGCAGAGCCUCGGCUACUGCUGCGGGAGGAAGUACGAGUUUUCUCCUCAGACACUGUGCUGUUACGGCAAGCAGCUAUGUACAAUUCCCAGAGACGGCACUUAUUACAGCUAUCAGAACAGGUAUCAUUUCUGCGAGAAGUGCUUCAAUGAGAUUCAGGGAGACAAUGUGACGCUAGGAGAUGAUCCUGCUCAGCCCCAGACCAUGAUCUCUAAAGACCAGUUCGAAAGGAAGAAGAAUGACACGUUAGAUCCUGAGCCGUUUGUUGAAUGUAAAGAUUGCGGGCGGAAGAUGCAUCAGAUAUGUGUCCUGCAUUAUGAGGCUAUCUGGCCUUUAGGUUUUAUCUGUGAUAACUGUUUGAAAAAGAGCGGGAAGACGAGAAAAGAGAACAAGUUUUCGGCUAAAAGGUUGCAGACGACACGGUUAGGCACGUACAUCGAGGAUCGGGUGAACAAGUACUUGAAGAGGCAGAACCAUCCAGAAGCUGGAGAGGUGUUCGUGCGAGUUGUAGCCAGUUCAGACAAAACGGUGGAGGUCAAACCUGGCAUGAAGGCCAGGUUUGUGGACACAGGAGAAAUGCCUGAGAGCUUCCCCUACAGAACCAAAGCACUUUUCGCCUUUGAGGAAAUUGACGGAGUGGACAUGUGUUUCUUUGGCAUGCACGUGCAAGAGUAUGGCUCUGAAUGCCCUUUCCCUAACACCAGACGGGUAUAUGUAUCAUACCUUGAUAGUAUUCACUUCUUCAGACCUCGAGUGCUGAGAACAGCAGUCUAUCAUGAAAUCCUCAUCGGCUAUUUGGAAUACGUCAAGAAGCUUGGAUAUGUUACGGCACACAUCUGGGCAUGUCCACCUAGUGAAGGUGAUGACUAUAUCUUCCACUGUCACCCUGCCGACCAGAAAAUCCCAAAACCCAAGCGCCUGCAGGAGUGGUACCGCAAAAUGCUGGACAAGGCCUUUGCUGAGCGGAUACUGCAUGACUACAAGGACAUCUUUAAGCAAGCCACCGAGGACCGUUUGACGAGUGCAAACGAACUCCCGUAUUUUGAGGGUGAUUUUUGGCCCAAUGUGUUGGAGGAGAGCAUCAAGGAGUUGCAGCAAGAGGAAGAGGAGAGGAAAAAAGAAGAAAACACAGCAGCUUGUGAAACUCCAGAGGUGAAUGAGAGAAGCCUUGUGUCUUUUUUAAAAUUUUCGGAUACUCUUCAUGAGGGCACGCCAGGGGACAGCAAGAACGCAAAGAAGAAGAACAACAAGAAAACAAAUAAGAAUAAAAGCAGUGUGAGCCGAGCUAAUAAAAAGAAACACGGGAUGCCGAAUGUAGCCAAUGAUCUUUCUCAGAAACUCUACGCCACAAUGGAGAAACACAAAGAGGUGUUUUUUGUAAUCCAUCUGCACUCUGGGCCUAUAGUCAAUUCAUUACUACCUAUCGUUGACCCUGAUCCCCUUCUGAACUGUGACCUAAUGGACGGAAGGGACGCCUUCUUGACGUUAGCGCGGGAUAAGCACUGGGAGUUCAGCUCUUUGCGGCGCUGCAAGUGGAGCACUAUGUGCAUGCUAGUGGAAUUGCACAACCAGGGCCAGGACCGCUUUGUCUACACUUGCAACGAAUGUAAACACCAUGUCGAAACACGCUGGCACUGUACGGUCUGCGAGGACUUUGACCUGUGCAUUAGUUGCUACAACACUAAGGGCCAUGAGCACCAGAUGGUUAAGUGGGGUCUUGGUCUGGACGAUGACAACAACAGCCAAAGUGGCGAGGCCUCCAAGAGUCCUCAGGAGAGUCGGCGUCUAAGCAUCCAGCGUUGCAUCCAGUCUCUGGUGCAUGCCUGCCAGUGCCGCAAUGCCAACUGCUCUCUGCCAUCUUGCCAGAAGAUGAAGCGUGUGGUCCAGCAUACCAAGGGCUGCAAACGCAAGACAAACGGUGGCUGUCCGGUGUGCAAGCAGCUCAUUGCUCUCUGCUGCUAUCAUGCCAAGCACUGUCAAGAGAACAAGUGCCCUGUGCCCUUCUGCCUCAAUAUCAAGCACAAACUGCGUCAGCAGCAGCUGCAGCACAGGGUCCAGCAGGCGCAGAUGAUGCGGAGACGCAUGGCUACAAUGCAGGGCCGAGCCAUGCCUCAGAGCCUACCAUCACCGCCUGCAUCAACAGCCCCCAGCACGCCCACCUCGCAUCAGCAACCGAACACCCCUCAAACACCACAACCGCUGUCCAACCAACCAACAACUCCCAAUGCGGGCGUCAUGUCCCCAGCCUAUCCCAAUGCUCCCCGCAAUGGACAACCCCCUCCACAAUCUUCACAGGGCAAACCCGGCCCACAAGCUUCCCCACUUCACCAGCAGCAGUCUCCGCUCCCGCAACCACCUCCUCAGCAGCAGCCACCACAACAACCUACUCCUCAACAGCCUCCGCCUAUGGCGGUCAAAAUGGCACGGCACAUAGAAAUGGUUGCGCAAGCUCAACACCAACAGAACUAUCGCAUGACCAUGAAUGGCCUUCCCAUGAACCACCAGCAGCCACGCAUGCCAGGCCCAAUGCAGCAAUCCAUGCAACAUGUUGGGCCACGCGGGCAACAGGUCAUGCCACCAAUGCCACAAGCACAGUGGACUGGAGGCCCUCAGCAAGGCAUGCAAGCGGCUCAGCAGCAGGUUGCUCCACAACAGACCGCACCGGGCGCUCCGCAGACCAUGCCUAUGCAGAGACCGACAAUGUCCCAGCAGGCUGCACAGCCACGUAUGAUGGUGCCCACACAGGGCCCACGACCGCAAACACCCCAGAGACCUGGAGCCAUUGCCCCCAAUGCCUUGCAAGACCUGCUACUCACCCUCAAGUCGCCCAGCUCGCCCCAACAACAGCAGCAGGUGUUGAACAUCCUCAAAUCGAACCCGCAACUCAUGGCUGCCUUCAUCAAACAGAGGACCGCAAAAUACCACGCCAACCAGCCGCAGCAGCAACAAGUGCAACAGGGCAUGCAUGCAGCGCAGCCAGUGAUGCAGAACCUGGCAGCCAUGCAGGCAGUGUCACGACCUGGCUUGGCGCCGCAGCAGCAACCCCAACAGCCCGCGCCACAAGGCAUGGCAGCUCUUGGAUCCCAGAGUCAGCUCAUGAACCCUGCACACGCCAACAACCCACAGCUCCAGGAGCUGUACCGCCGUCAGCUUUUGCGGCGGCAGCAACAACAACAGCAGCAACAACAGCAGCAGCAGCAGGGAGUGAUGCCGCAGGCACAUGGCCAGUUCCCGGAGACACAAGGCACUGCUACCAACUACACACAACUCCGGAUGCAGCAGCAGCAACAGUUGGCCAUGCAGGGAACAGGUGGACCCAUGGGCCAGCUGCCCCCUAUGGCCCAGAUGGGGCAGGGUGGGAUGGGAAUGGACGGCACAUCCAACCUCCUCCACCAACGCAUGCUCCAGCAGCAGCAGCUUCCACAACAACAGGUCGUCCUCAAGCCUCCAAUGGGCUCACCAGCGCAACCAAGUCCAAUGAGCCCGCAAACUCACCUGCUUUCCGGACAGCCGCAAGGCACACACCUUCCCGGCCAAACCAUGGCUAAUGCACUCAGUAAUCAGGUGUGCUCACCAGCCCCUGUACAGUCGCCCAGACCUCCGUCACAGCAACCUCCUCCACAUUCCAGUCCUUCCCCGCAGGUUCAGCCACAGCCAUCGCCACAGCACGCACCGCCCCACACAGGAUCACCACACCCUGGUCUUACGACACCCAUGACUGGCUCCUUGGAGCUUGCGCACCUGGGCACACCUGAGCAGAGUGCCAUGCUCCCGCAACUCAAUACGCCCAACCGCGGAGGGCUGCCCAGUGACUUAGGCAUGGUGGGAGACACAACAGGAGACACGCUGGAGAAAUUUGUGGAGGGAUUGUAGCGUUUACUGGGAGACUCCACCCACCACAGUCUCCCCGUUCCUCUUUUUUGUGGCUCUCUUGGUUUUCUCUAAUAUUUUAAAUUUUUUUGUACUGACAUGUAAAGUUUAAGAAAUGUAUGAAAAAAAAGUCUAAAAGGAAUUGGGGAAUGUUGAUGUUCCCUAAAAACAUAUGACUGAUUUCUUCCUUUUAAGAGGGAUUUGAAAGACUGUUGUUUAAAAGAAAUAUAAAUCACAAAGAAUAUAUUUUUUUGUUCAGUUUAGACCUUUGUGUGGUCAAUGUUUUGUUUUAAAUUGUCGUUUGGUUUUGUUUGGGGGAGGACAGUCUGGUUUCAUGCAUUUUCUUUUUUUUAAGAAAAUAACGAAACUUCAUUAUAUUAUUCAUACCUUUUGGUUUUAUACCUUAUCUAACUUUGCAGCAUUUCUGUGUUGGAAGGCUGUGAGAUUGUAUUCUAUUGUCGUACCAUUUUUUUCAGACAUGCAUUCGGAGGCGUUUCCUCCUUUUCUCAUUGUGAAGUUUGUAUGUAUGAGGAGAACUAUUUGUUUGUAUCGAUAGGAACUGUGCAUACGCAUGUAUGCAGACAAACAAGCAUCACUCAGACAAUACAUCACUGACCCGAAGAAGACACGUACACAUUUACAACAUCUCACUGGCCUGGAUCCAGAGGUUCUGUCUUGCAGAUGUAGAAUAUUGUUGCUUUUUACAGAUAUAUAAAUUUAAAGAGAGAAAGAGGGAGAGAGGAGGGCCCCCUAAGCUGAGUGGGCGAUCACUGGUUGACUGCUAGAUGGAAACACAGAAUGGAUUCUGCUAUUGACCCUCAUUUCUCACACAAACUUGAACGGGCUCUACUUUUUCCCUUUAUGUAAAUCAUGCAAGUUAUUAAGCAAAAUACUAUAAAUAUAAGGAUGAAAGAAUGGAAUCACUGUAUAAACCGGUUGAAAAAAAAACGUAUUUCUUACUUCUAUACCAUAUUGUUAAAUAAACUGUGUGCAACAGAUCAAA